GCUGACGGAAAAUCCAUGUUAACCACCUAGAUGUUUGCAAGAGGCCAAAAACUAAACACGUUGUGACGGCUGAUGCCUGUAUUUCAUGUUGCCUGCGCGUUGUCUAUCGGAUUUCUUUUUUCCUGCAGAUUCAUACAAGUUUCUUUCCCGGCCGUCAAAUGUACCUUCACCAGCUGCUUCUGCGGUAUUUCUUGGUGUCCUGCAGGCUCGAAGUUUCCGCUCUAGACUGCGAAGUAUAACCAACCACUAGAAAAUUUUUAUUACUUGUUGUCCUUCUCAGUUCUUAACCUCAGUCGCGCGUCCUUACAUCUUUUCUUUGCCCAUAGAAAACUCUAUUUGUUUGCCCUUAUUUUCUGCUGGUCCUCCCUCAUUUAUACCAGAUCUCUACACACGCUCGUUCGCCACUCAUACACCAUGGUUCAAUCCAGAUUUGCAUUACUUUUCACGCUGUUGGCGUUGGGGAUCGCAGCCAUAAACCAGAGAGUCUUGAUCACACCAUACCCUUCUACUGCGUUGGUAACCAUAGUUGCCGAAGCCCAUGAUCCACUGGAAUACUCCAUGGAAUUGGUGAAGAGAUUUGUUAAGCGUGCCGACAGCUCCCUUUCGAACUCUUCUACCAUUGCCUCUUCCCUGCCAUCCACUAUUGCCCCAUUAUCCCCCUCUUCUUUUACUUCCUUAGAUAUUGGAACUAGCACUUCUGAGACAGCCACCUCCUCUUCCUCCACCAUUGCUCUUUCCACUUCCCCCUCGUCGUCUAUCACCAGUUCUUCUACAUCUACGGCCGAAACCUCAGAAGCUCCAUCGUCGGUUCAGAGCACCAGCUCCCCCACCUCCUCCCCCACUUCCUCCUUGCCCACUUCCUCCCCUACCUCUUCUUCUAUCUCCUCCCAGGCCGCUGAAUCCUCUACUGAGUCAACUUCUAGUUUGACCUCUAGCUCUACUUCCCAGAUAACAGGGUCAACUACGGUGAAGAAUGGUUCAACGGUAAUCAUCAACAACGAAACUACUGUCACCGUACGUCCAGCUUCCAAGACCCAGAGUGCCACCUCCUCCAAGCAGUCUUCGUCUGCCUCCGCCUCUACUGAUCUGAACCUGGGCCUGAACCUGAACCUGAAGUCUGCCGGCUUAUCGCAGACCAACAAAAUUGUUGUCGGUGUUGUUGUUGGUGUCGGUGGUGCCCUCAUUAUGGGUGUUUUCGGUGCCCUUUUCUAUAUCAAGAGAAAUAAGAAGAACAACGAAAAGUACUGGGAAAAUCAGGGCACUCAGUUCUAAUUGGUAAUAGCUCGUUUAUUGGUAUUUUCUCAGGUUUUUUUUUCUUGGUUUCUUUCUUCAUCCCCUAAUAUUCCUCAUUCCUUUAUCUUUUUUAUUUCGUCCUUUGCAUC